CACAACUCCACUCUGCGCACACAGUACACGCACUAGCACUACCACGAAAUACCUUAAUUCUAAACGAAGAAGAAAAAGAAUGGGGUUUCCGGUGGGAUACACGGACUUAUUCCUCCCCAAAUUGCUUGUAUACCUGCUGACAUUUCUAGGAUUCGUACGGAAAUUCGUGUGCGGAGUCUUCUCCGUUCUAGGGCUGGGUGAUUUUCUGGAGCAGGAAACGGCGUCGUACGCAUCCAGAGAUGAAUCCGGAUUCGAGCAGCCGAGGUCGGUGUCGGCGGCGCUGAUCCGGGAGCUGCUGCCGGUGGUGAAGUUCUCCGAUUUGGCGGAGGAAGACAAUCCACCGGAGAGCUGCGCCGUUUGUCUGUACGAAUUCGACGGCGAGGAUGAGAUCCGGCGGCUGGCGAAUUGCAGGCACAUAUUCCACCGGAGCUGCCUGGACCGUUGGAUGGACCACGAUCAGAAAACGUGCCCGCUCUGCCGGACGCAGAUUAUACCGGAGGAUAUGCAGGAGGCUUUCAACGAGCGCCUCUGGUUGGCUUCCGGAAUAUCCGAUUUUUACGGCGAAUAUUCGCCGAUUACUACUGGUUUGUAGUCCUCUUUUUUUUUUUGUAGAUUCAGGUUUUUUUGGGUAAUUUGGUAAUUUGAGAUGUAAAUAUUACAAGAAAAGGAAAUUGUAGAAUUUUACUGCAAGUUUGAAAGAAUGAAGAUAGAAUUUUGUAUAUCAGUUUCAUUUUUAUUUU